CAAUAUCUAAUCAAUCGGUAAUGUCAUUAUCAGUGUGAAUUAAAUUGUUGAUAAUAUUGAUUCUAAUUGUGAGAUUUACUAUUGAACAUUAACUUUGUUUAGACGAUAAAAAAAUAUCAACAAGAUUAUCUGAUUGCAGAAAUGAAAAUGAAAAUGAACUCGGUGUUGAUUGUUGCCGUUUUGGCCUUAAUUUGGUCGGUCAAUUUUGGUUAUGGUGCUGAUAUUGUUAAUUCUGGAAAUAUCUUUGACAGAUUCAAUCCAAUCAGGUCGAUCGUCGGAGCUCAGCCUUUUGACAACGCUCGUCUUAACGCCUUCACUUUACCAAGUCGGAUGAUCCAAGGGAUGAGUAACAUUGCUAUGGCUCCAUGGCGAGGAAAUGACUUCUCAGGUCGCGGCGGUAAAAUGCCAAACAUGGGUAACCUUUUCAGUGGAUUACCAAUAAUUGGAUCGGCUUUUGGAGGACGAGGUAAUCGAGGAUCUCAAGGUGGUGAAUCUGUCAACAAUUAUGGUCCAAUGGCUCAAGUUGAAAUGGCUCGAGCUCCUGGUUCAGGUUCUGCUUCCGCUUCAGCUCAAAGUGGUUCGAGACCAAGUGGUUCAGUUUCUGCUUCAGCCUCAGCCAAUCUUUCAGGCCAACCAAGUGGCUAUCCUUCAUUACCAAGUAACUUUUUCUCAACCUCUGGUCAAGGUUCACCAUCUUUCCCAUCAAACGGUAACUGGUCACCUUACGGUUCCUCAGCUCCCACCAGCUCCAGCCAAUCAUCUCGUCCUUCGUCAUCUCCCACCACAACUUCAGUCUCAUCUCCAUCAGCUAAUCUUCCCUCUAUUCCUAAUGCUGGUCAAUCAACCAUGAGUGGUACUUCCAGUGGGCCAUCUCAACCUUCCCGAUUACCAUCAGCUAAUCUUGGCCCAUCAUCAGCUUCAACUUCUCGCCCUGGAUCAUCUACUCCAUCGGCUUCUUCUUCAAGCUCAUCAUCAGCUUCUAUUGAUCCUUCACUUGCUCAAACUUUGAGAGGCUUUGGAAUUGAUCUAAGCAAUUUCAACUUCGGCGGCGGAGCUUCUGGUCAAUCAUCACCCUCUUCAUCAGGUGUCUCAGCAUCAAUUGGAUCUUCUGGUCGACCUCAAGCCUCAGCUUCAGCUUCAAGCAGUAGCUCAUCUCCUUUCGCCUCACUCAUGAGCGGAUUCACUGGUCAACCCUCUGGUCAAGCUUCAGCCUCAGCUGGAUCAUCAUCAGCCAGCGCAUCAAACUCAGGAACUGGUCAAGCCUCAAACUUUUUUUCAAAUCUGUUUAACUAUCCAUUAACCGGUUAAUUGUUACUAAUACAAUAAAUCAAAUUAAACAAAAUUAAACAUUCAAA